AUUUUGAUAGCAUGACAGGCUGUUAGGCUACUCUAUGGCUUCCACGGAGGCGAGAAACUGAUUUCCGUUUGUUUACAGUACCAGUGAUAACGUAGCAUCGCUGUCAGUUCGUGUGGUUUUCGCAAAAACCUGAAAAUGCUUAUGUGCAUUACAUUUCGCCAUUAUACAUUAAUGUCCGUUCAUCUGCGGUGAUUUAGCGUAUAUUAGAAUGCAUGGACAAUCUGACGCGAGUAGCUAUGCAGUGAAUAAUGAGGGGAACUAAGAGAUAUUAAUAAAAACUUGAAAGUUUUGGGUUUUUUUUGGAGGAAACGGUGAUAAAGGGGUGUGAUGAUUUUUGUUCAGCUCUGAGUCAGCCAAGAUGUCUCACUCUUCCAAGCCUCGAUCCCACCCUUGUGGCCUUUGUGACAAGUCUUUUGCCCAGGUAUCCAUGCUCACUAAGCACCAGCAAGUUCAUACUGAAGACAAGCCCUACAAAUGUCCCUACUGUGACAAGUCUUUUACUCUUUCUUCUCGUCUGGUUCUACAUAAACGCACCCAUGCUGGGGAGAAGCCUCAUACCUGCCAGCUUUGCUCCAAGACCUUCAUCUCGUCGGCUCACCUUGCACUGCACCUGCGCUCACACACUGGAGAAAGGAAGUACAAAUGCAGUGUAUGUUCAAAAAUGUUCAUGCAGUCGUCCCAGCUUAUGCGCCACAAGACCACCCACACUGGCGAGAAACCCUUCAAAUGCCCAGAUUGCAAUAAAUGCUUUGGCCGUGACUCACACCUGAAAACCCAUCGAAGGCUCCACACUGGUGAAAAACCCUUCAAAUGUACACAAUGUGAAAGGGCUUUUACGCAAAAGGCCGGACUUAUUAUACACUUGCGCUUGCACACAGGUGAGCGCCCUUUUAAGUGUGACGAGUGUGGUAAGGCCUUCCGCACAUCAGCCCACCUGCUUAACCAUCAGGCUUUGGAGCUGGGCAGGGGCAGGUACAUAUGUGCCACGUGCAACAAGGGCUUCAGGUCAGUGUCCAUGCUAAAACAACACGAGAAAAGCCACCAGGCCAGCGGGAUGCUCUGUUGUAGCGUGUGCUCGGGGGCCUUCGCUCAUUCCUCGUAUCUGCAGCUGAAACUGCACUUACAAAACGAAGAGCAGCUCUUCCAUUGCAAGGUGUGCAACAAAAUCUUUGUGAAGAUGGCCACUUUUGAGAAACACUGCAAAAAACAUCAGACAGAGAUGGACGAAUGUGAGGACGAGGAAGUAAAAGAGGAAGAUUCACAGGAUCCCCCAUUUGAGCUGCAUACUGCUGCAUCCCCAACACCGUCGACGUCAGAAGUCAACACACGCUCCAAAACAAGAGCCAAAAUUAAGACUACAAUAGAAAACUCAUAAGAAUGUACAGGCAAACUUUUCAUAACAUUUAUUUAAUAACUUUCUGUAUAUACUGUAUGAUGUAUGAUAUAUGAUAUAAAUUCUUCUUUCAUCUGCUAUAAAUUAAUAAUGAUAAUUCUCUGCAUGCAUACAGUACAGACCUGUAGACCAUGUACAGUUGUACAAAAACUUGCUUUUGCACAACUUUUUACAUUAAAGUUAAUUUAAUUGUUUUUUUUUUCAGUCAUACUUAUCAAAAAGUGACAGAGCACUAUAUCUUAUCAGCUUUGAAGAUACCAGGGAUGUGUGUCAUUUAAAAUUGAACUGAGCAUGUCUUUUGAAUUCCUAUUCUAUUCCAUAAUUCCUUAAUUUGAACUGAGGUGGCAAACAGAUUUAAAAUGCUUCCUAAAUAUUUGUAUGUAGUUUAUAUAUUGUAUAAUAUAGAAUCAAUUAACUGAGGGUGGACCAGGUUGGAGGAAUACUUCUUUUCUAUAUUGAAUGUUAUUUCAUUACAAUUCUGUAAAUUCUUCUGUCAUUCUAAUCCGAAUCCCUCACAAUCUUCAAGAAACAACUGAAAACUCGUUUAAGCCUUCACUUUUUCUGUUCUCUUAUUAUCCUUUAUUUCUUCAUGUCCUAGCUUUACUAUUUUGAAUGAUGACUGAAACCUUGUAUAACGGUCACUUCUCAUGUUAAUUGCCAUCUUAUGAUAAAUCAUAGUCAGUAUUGCUCAACUGUAAGUUGGUUUGCAUAAAAGCAUCUGGCAGUUGAAUACAUUUAAAUGUAUUAACACAACUGUAUAUCGUCUUAAAGGGACUGUUCACCCAAAAAUAAAAAAAAUGAUGUUUAUCUGCUCACCCCCAAGGCAUCCAAGAUGU